AUGGGCGACAUCUGCAUAAGCGCUUUCUUUGGAUCGCGAGUUCCAGGAACUCCCCAAACACCAAGACCACGCUCGUUUGAAACCCAACAGCUCACAAGGACUCCACGAUGCAGGGUGUGGACAUGUGUCGAUCAGCUUGGUCAAGGCAUGAAGACACUCGACUGCCGUUGCGCUCAUACUACAAAGAUAUUCGCUGCUAUCGUUAUGACGGUUAAUAUUGGUGGCAUGGACGUGGUUAUGUUUAUGCGAAGAAGAGGGGUGGGGUGGAUCAGAGGGGGUAUCCACGUGGACUUCAAUAAAUGCGAGAACUGGAUUCGACUCCCAGACGAAGAGUACAAGAAGAACACUUUAUUAUAUGAACAAUGCAAGUUUUCGGAGGAAAUACUUAGUUCCGCCAGCUCAAUAAAAGUGGGGUAUGUAGCUGGGUUCGACUCCCUUGCCAACGAAAUUUCAAAACCUGCAAGAGGAGAGGGGCAAACGUGGUCUACAGAGGGUGCGACGUAUACGACCGCCUUUAACGGUUUCUGCCGUCAUUUUAUUUUGUCGGCUAGGUUUUACGAACACUCAGGCCUCAGGUACGAGUUCGUCAGGUUGAGGCACUGUUUGGAUCCCAAGCCAAAGACAAACAAACAGCAGUGCAUCAAACCUCCACAACACUCGCGUCGAGGGCAAUUUUUGGAGCAAUCACAUCGUCAACGUUUCGACACCAACCACCACCACCAGCGCAGAAUUAUUAUCGCAAUCCUUUCUUGGAGUAAAUCAACGCCUAUUCGAGCCCCAUUGCCAUGUACUUACUCAUCUCGCGUCCUUAUGGUAGUCAUUCUACACGGAAGCAAGCCCACGCUUGCUUCGGCUUGCGAGUUCCAGAAACUCCCAAACGCUAAGACCACGUUCUUUUGGAACCCAACGGAUUACAAGGACUCCACGGCGCAGAACGUCCCGCUUUCCUGUCGCUUCCACAACCAUCGAUCCGCGCUUGGUCAAGGCAUGUGCGCGGGUGAGGGGCGACGUAAUGGCAACGGAGGUUGGAAGAGAGCGACGGAGGUGAGAUUCUUCAGUCUCAACAACUCGAUUUUUCAUCUCAACCUUGACAUCAGGAGUUUCAUGUUCCACCUCUGCGGCUUCUCGUCUCUUCAGCCUCUGCCUCAGCAACCACCUUCUAGCAACUCGCUCACCCAGUCCCAUACCAACAUCCCACCAGCGCAGUCGGGCACCUCUCUACCUCUCCGAAAACGCUCGACUGCCGCUGCGCUCAUACAAGGAAAAGCUUGGAUAUUCGCUUCUAUCGUUGUGAUGAUGAUAUUCACGCGAGCAACAGAGAAAUUUAUUUUUGCAUGGAGUGUGGGAUAUAUCGUCGUCAAUUUGAGUGGGAAAUGGUGCCCCCUGUUCAGCUUCCAAUCACAAAAUCCCAUGUCAGAUUCAAUUCACGGUUCCAUUAUUAAACGUGUUAAUGAUUUACAUCUGAACAACUUCUUCGUUGGUGCAUUGGUAGCACCGCUUACAGACGCAAAGGACUCUGCGCAAUAUGCAGAUGGCUUAACUUCUCGAGGACCAGUCAAGGAUCGGUUCCAUUUUGCAGUAACUACAAUUUUCAAAACAUUGAAAGCCAAAGCCGUGAUGCCCAAACAACAACCAGCCUUGUGCAAUCUUUGGGCGCAAUCAGACUGUCAACGUUUCGACACCAACCACCACCACCACCGCAGAAUCGAAAUCGCGACCCUUUGA